UGCUGAAAUUAUCCGAUGUGUAAAUAUCGUUUCACACGUUUAAUAAGAACAUCAUUCAAUGUUUUAAAAUUGCUAUAACCAUGGUUAACGCGCUCCUUUAUUCAGAAAGUGCUAUUUUCCAUUUCCAACUAGUGAGAAAACUGUUGAAUUCCCACAAAGAUAUACUAAAGUGCCUCAACAAAGAUUCCUUGAAGGUAUUGGAUGUUGGAUGCGGAUCCGGAGGAGCAUUAUUAGAAGAACUUCUGCCGAUUCUACCGAAGAAUUUUUCAGAACUAGUGGGCGUUGAUAAGAAUGAUUCGAUGAUCGAAUAUUGUAAAACGCUAAAGGUCGAUCCACGAGUUUCCUUCCAUCAGUUGGACAUAGACACGAAGUGCAUCCCGGAAAAAUUCAUCGGAAAAUUCGACCUCAUCACGUCUUUCUUAUGUCUCCAUUAUGUUAGCGAUUAUGAUCAAAUGCUCAAUAACAUCCGCAAUAUGCUCAAGCCAAGGGGAGAAUUUAUUUAUCUUCAAGCUUACAAAUCGAACCCGUUAAGUGAAACCUACAGAGAACUGAGUAAAAUCAAGGCUUGGAAUUCAUAUUUCAAAGAUUUCGAGAACUUUAGACCUCACUUUAGCGGAGACAAUCCAGAUGCUGAACUGAAACAGGUGUUUCAAAGGAAUGGAUUGGAAUUAUUGAGGUAUAAAUUCCAUCAAGAUGGAUUUGUGAAUAAACCCAAACAUUUUAUAGAACUUUUUAAAUCUUUGGACACUAUAGGAGAGGCUCUUCCCGAGGACCAGAAAGAGGAAUAUUUAAAAGAUUUUCACAAGUGUUUCAGUAAGGUCAUGAAUUUCGAUUACGUUAGUGAAAAGAGCUUGAACGAAAAAACUGAGAUGUCAUACGAUUUUCUCAACGUUUACGCACAAAAACCCUGAUAGUUGCUCGUGUUUAUAAUUUAUUUUUCUCAUAUAGGUGUUACUGUAGUGUAAGUAAAUGUUCGUAAUAAAGUUAUAGUGCUGAUGAAAAA